GAUUGGAGGCUGCCGAUGGAGGCGGGAGUUGCAUGCAAGUUGAAGUGCCCGACAUGGGUUGAGUCGGAAAGGUUUGGGAGGAAAUUGACCGGUUCUUUGCGUUUCGGUCGGAUAGCGAAGCAAGGCCACAAGGUCCGGGUGGCUGCUUCGGUCCAGUUUCCGCUUCAGAUAUCCUCUAAUCGGCAGAGAUGGGUCUCGUUCGAGGUUUCCUGCUCUUCUUAUACAAAUUUCAUAGCUUCAACAUUGGAAACCGGAAGUGUUGAAGUGCCUUAUGAUGAAGCUUUAAUGUUAAAGAAAAAGUCACUAGAGGUUGAGCCAUAUUUAAAUGGGCACAGUCUAUAUCUUGUUGGGUUGAUGGGCUCUGGAAAAACUACAGUGGGAAAAAUUCUGUCUAAUGUACUCCGUUAUUCAUUUUAUGACAGUGAUGCAUUAAUAGAGCAGGAGGUGGAUGGAAUCUCUGUAGCUGAAAUAUUUAAGCGUUAUGGGGACAGUUUCUUCAGAAAUAAGGAGACUGAGAUAUUGCAGCGGCUUUCUUCAGAGAAACAGCUUGUUGUUUCUACUGGAGGAGGUGCAGUUGUUCGGGAUGAGAACUGGGAUUAUAUGCAGAAGAAGGGGAUAAUUGUCUGGUUAGAUGUACCUUUGGAAGCCUUGGCACGGAGAAUUGCUGCAGUAGGUACCCAUUCUCGUCCCCUUUUGCAUUAUGAACAUGGUGAUCCAUAUACAAAGGCUUUAAAACGUCUAUCUUACCUUUUAGAACAGAGGGGUAAAAAUUAUGCUAAAGCAAAUGCCCGGGUUUCCUUGGAAGAAAUUGCAGGCAAACUAGGUUAUGGAGAUGUAUCGGAUCUUACACCGACAGAGAUUGCAAUUGAGGCUUUGGAACAAAUUGAAGGGUAUCUAAAGGAGGAAGGUGGCAUGGCCAUUGCAGGGUUAUAGUUUUGAAAAAAGUUUAUAAAUUUGGUGAUUGAAUUUCGUUUUAUUUGGAGUAUAGCAUGUCAAAUUUUCCCAUUCUUUUUCGUUA